AUGGCAACCUCAGAAGAAGAGUAUGAACCUCAAUACCCUACUGAUUCUGAUGAAAUCUAUGUACUAGAACACUACGACGAUCAACCUCAGUCGUCGUUGUCGUCGUCGUCGUCGUUACUUCAAUUGUUUGAUAAUUUAGAUGGAGUAGAAGAAGAAGAUGAACGUGAACCUCAAUUAGGUGAGGAUUAUGAUCAAGAUGAUGAUAAUGAGAUGUUGCUCGAAGGUUUUGGUGAUACGGACGAUUUGGUCUUUGGAUUUAAUUAUGAUAUUACUCUUCUACAUGAUGAUAAUGAGUAUUACAUAACAUCAUUCAAGGAUUCACCUGAAGAAAUUUUACAUGAUAUUGAUGCUCCAUGUCAUGAUGAUGAUGAGAAAGACAUAAGUUUUGGAGAUAACAAAGAAACCUCUUUUGGAUGUGGAAGACAAAGAAGUAAAAUUGAUGAUGAUGAUGAUGUCGACGAUGUUAAUGAUGAAAAGGGUACAAUUGCAGGAAAAACAAGAAAAACCCUGUUCAAGAAGAGGAAGUUUUCUGCUGUUUGUGAUGAUAAUGAUGAGGAUGUUGAUCAUGAUGCUGAUGCUGAUGAUGAUGAUGGGGAUAAGAAAGAUGUAACUUUGCAAGAAAAGAAACAAGGUCUUUAUAGGAGAAGCAAGAUUACAGUUGUUCGUGAUUUCCCCUUUGGAUGUGGAAGACCAAUGACUAAGACGAGUGAUGAUGAUGAUGUUGGUCAUGAUGUUGAUGUUAAUUUUGAUGAUGAUGAUGAUGGGGAUGGGGAUGGGGAUGAUAAAGAUGUAACAAGGCAAGAAAACAAACAAGGUAUGUAUAAGAGAAGGAAGAUUACAGUUGUUCGUGACUUCCCCUUUGGAUGUGGAAGAUCAAUGACUAAGACGAGUGAUGAUCAUGAUGUUGAUCAUGAUGAUGAUCUAUCCAAAAAAAUAGUACAGAAGAAGAGGGUGAAGGAAGAAGAAUUGUUUUGGCUUUGGCAGCUCCUUCGAUUUGUCCGUGGAGGGACACCAAUGGCGGUCUUAAGAAGGGAAGAUUUCGCGUUCAUCACCUUAACUGAAGGCAUAAUUCAAUCUUGGAUAUCUUGA